UCCUCCUGUCGGCCAGAGUCCUAGUAGCACUCUAGCUAGAACGAAGGUAGCUAUAUAUCAAGAUUCAAACAAUGGCGUCCAUCUCCUCCUCCAAGGUGCUCGCACUUGGUGCGCUCAUCUUCUCCUUCCUUGUCACGUAUGCCUCGUGCGCUAGACCGGUCAACUUCACAGCCUCAGACUUCACCGCCGAUCCCAACUGGGAGGCUGCCAGAGCCACCUGGUACGGCGCGCCCACCGGCGCCGGCCCUGACGACGAUGGUGGCGCGUGCGGGUUCAAGAACGUGAACCUGCCGCCCUUCUCCGCCAUGACGUCGUGCGGCAACCAGCCCCUGUUCAAAGACGGCAAGGGAUGUGGCUCCUGCUACCAAAUACGAUGCCAGAACCACCCUGCCUGCUCCGGUAACCCGGAGACGGUGAUCAUCACCGACAUGAACUACUACCCGGUGGCCAAGUACCACUUCGACCUUAGCGGCACGGCGUUCGGCGCCAUGUCCAAGCCCGGCCGCAACGACGAGCUCCGCCACGCCGGCAUCAUCGACAUCCAGUUCAAGAGGGUGCCCUGCAACUACCCCGGGCGGAAGGUGACGUUCCACGUGGAGGAGGGCUCGAACGCCGUCUACCUGGCGGUGCUCGUCGAGUUCGAGGACGGCGACGGCGACGUGGUGCAGGUGGACCUCAUGGAGGCCAACUCCGGCUACUGGACGCCGAUGCGCGAGUCCUGGGGGUCCAUCUGGAGGCUGGACGCCAACCACAGGCUACAGGCGCCCUUCUCGCUGCGCGUCACCAACGAGUCCGGCAGGAAGCUGGUGGCCACUCGGGUCAUCCCUGCCAACUGGGCGCCCAACACCUACUACCGCUCCAUCAUUCAGUACUAGCUCUCUGCUACUGCGCCUCGACCGAUUCGGUGUCAUUUGGCUUCAUUUGAACUGUAUGUAAUUGUAUCUUCACGUGCACAGGAUUACGGUGCCUUAACUAGUUAGUCAGUGAGACGUCAAGAAUGACAGUAGGAGAUGGAUGAGGAAGCAAGUUUGGAUGUGUGCUUCCUCUCUUACGUUACUGUCAAUGCAUGAAUUAACGUGAUCAAAAUUAUAAAUUAUAAGCAGCUUCUGAGCUGCAUUCAGCA